AUGAGAGAAAUCGUUCACAUUCAAGGUGGUCAAUGCGGUAACCAAAUCGGAGCCAAGUUCUGGGAAGUCAUCUCAGACGAGCACGGAAUCGACCCAACUGGUACCUACCAUGGUGACUCAGAUCUCCAACUUGAGAGAAUCAACGUCUACUACAACGAAGCCACUGGUGGAAGAUACGUACCAAGAGCAGUCCUUAUGGACUUGGAACCAGGUACCAUGGAUUCAGUUAGAGCUGGUCCAUUCGGUCAACUCUUCAGACCAGACAACUUCGUCUUCGGUCAAUCAGGUGCUGGUAACAACUGGGCCAAGGGUCAUUACACUGAGGGUGCCGAACUCAUCGAUUCAGUUCUCGACGUUGUUAGAAAGGAAGCUGAAGGUUGCGAUUGCCUCCAAGGUUUCUAAAUCACCCACUCACUCGGUGGUGGUACCGGUUCAGGUAUGGGAACCCUCCUCAUCUCCAAGGUUAGAGAAGAGUACCCAGACAGAAUCAUGGCCACUUUCUCAGUCGUCCCAUCACCAAAGGUCUCAGAUACCGUCGUUGAGCCAUACAACGCCACCCUAUCAGUCCAUCAACUCGUCGAAAACGCUGAUGAGGUUAUGUGUAUCGAUAACGAAGCCCUCUACGAUAUCUGCUUCAGAACCCUUAAGCUCACCACCCCAACCUACGGAGAUCUUAACCACUUGGUCUCAGCUGGUAUUUCAGGUGUUACAUGCUGCCUCAGAUUCCCAGGUCAAUUGAACUCUGAUCUCAGAAAGUUGGCUGUCAACCUUAUUCCAUUCCCAAGACUCCAUUUCUUCAUGACUGGAUUCGCCCCACUUACCUCAAGAGGUUCCCAACAAUACAGAGCCCUCACCGUCCCAGAGCUCACCCAACAAAUGUUCGAUGCCAAGAACAUGAUGUGCGCAUCAGACCCAAGACACGGUAGAUAUCUUACCGCCUCAGCUCUCUUCAGAGGUAGAAUGUCAACCAAAGAAGUCGAUGAACAAAUGCUUAACGUUCAAAACAAGAACUCAUCUUACUUCGUCGAGUGGAUCCCCAACAACAUCAAGUCAUCAGUCUGCGAUAUCCCACCAAAGGGACUCAAGAUGGCCGUCACCUUCCUCGGUAACUCAACUGCCAUCCAAGAGAUGUUCAAGAGAGUUGGUGAACAAUUCACUGCUAUGUUCAGAAGAAAGGCCUUCCUCCAUUGGUACACUGGUGAAGGUAUGGACGAGAUGGAAUUCACUGAAGCUGAGUCAAACAUGAACGAUCUCGUUUCCGAGUAUCAACAAUAUCAAGAUGCCACCGCCGAAGACGAGGAAGAGAUGGACGAGGAGCAAAUGGAAUGA